AUGGUCAACACAACCAAAGUCGGAAUCCUCAACACUAUCAGAAUCGGAACCUUCAUCAGAAUCAGAAUAAGAGUCAACCCCCCUCACGUGAUGAUGAUUCGGGACAGUUUCUAUGUUAUAACUGUCACAAGCAAGGGCACCUUGCCUGGAACUGCAGGAAUAGGUCUCGCCCAGCUCCUCAAGUGA